ACGAGGAGUCGAUCAAACACCGCUUCUCACAUCAAAACACACAAAUUCAUCAUCACAAGUUUGCAUAAUCAAUCAGAAAAGAUGUCUUGCUGCAAUGGUAACUGUGGUUGCGGAUCCAGCUGCAAGUGCGGCAGCGGCUGCAAUGGUUGCAGCAUGUACCCGGGGUUGAGCUACUCCGAGGCUGCCGGCGCCGCCGAAACCCUUGUGCUCGGCGUUGCUCCUCAGAAGACAUACUCUGAGGGAGUGGAGAUGGGUAUGGGCGAAGGCGAGAAUGGAUGCAAGUGCGGAGCUAACUGCACCUGCGAUCCGUGCAACUGCAAGUGAAAUGGAGGUUCCAUCCCCAAGCGGAGAUGAACACCUUAUUUAUAUAUCUAUCGUGUUUUUAUUUACAAAAAAGGCCCUCAUAGCCUUUUCUAAUAAGUUUGUUUGCCUUUUGUGAUGGAGUUUGCUUGUUUACGUGUUUUACUAGGAUUAGCUUGAAUGGAUCUCUGCUUCAUUCACUUGGUCUUGUAACUUUGUAAACUCACUAAAUCCAUCAUAUUGUUAUUAUAUUAUUAUUGGUCC